AUGAAGUACCUGAAGCAGUCAGUCUGCGGUUGAUUUGAAAAACAGACGAGUCUCAACAAUGAGCUUAAAAGAAGGCUGGCAGAUAAAGUAUCAAGAAAAUAUGGCUCCUCUGGGUGAACAUAAAUGGACUCAUGUGUUCCCUUUUCUGGUGGUGUCGCUGGUGUACUCUGCUAAUGCUGAGUAUUCUAACUGCGGUGAAAAUGAAUACUAUAACCAGACCACUGGAAUGUGCCAUGAUUGUCCCCAGUGCAAGCCAGGAGAAGAGCCUUAUAUGACUUGUGGCUAUGGCACCAAAGAUGAAGACUACGGCUGCGUUCCUUGCCCGUCUGAAAAGUUUUCUAAAGGAGGUUACCAGAUAUGCAGGCGUCACAAAGAUUGUGAGGGAUUUUUUCGAGCCACUGUCAUGACACCUGGUGAUACAGAGAAUGAUGCAGAAUGUGGGCCUUGUCUCCCUGGUUACUACAUGUUGGAAAACAGACCCAGGAACAUCUAUGGCAUGGUUUGCUACUCAUGCUUGUUGGCACCUCCUAACACCAAGGAAUGUGCUGGCAUGACCUCUGGUGUUUCAGCCAUUUUCCCAAGUACCUCUGGCACAAACACGCUCUCGCCUUUUCAGCAUGCACACAAAGCAGAUCUUUCAGGACAAGGGCAUCUGGCUACUGCUCUUAUAAUUGCCAUGUCUACUAUAUUCAUAAUGGCUAUUGCCAUUGUCUUAAUCAUCAUGUUUUACAUUGUGAAAACGAAACCUUCUGGUCAAGCCUGUUGCACAAGCCAUUCAGUCGAAGUCCAAGCGAAUAUGCAAGAAGAGAAGAAAGACAUACAAGAAAAUGUUGUGAUUUUCUCAGAGAAAGAGGAGUUUGAAAAACUGACAGCAACUCCAGCUAAGACUGUUAAAAGUGAAAAUGAUGCAUCUUCCGAGAAUGAACGACUUCUAAGCCGUAGCAUGGACAGUGAUGAAGAAGCUGCUGUCGAUAAACAAGGGACCCCAGACCUGUGCUUGUUAUCUUUAGUUCAUCUCACCAGGGACAAAUCUUCCACAAAUAACAAAUCAACUGGGAUUCAAAGUCGAAGGAAAAAGAUACUUGAUGUGUAUGCCAACGUAUGUGGUGUUGCCGAAGGUCUCAGUCCCACAGAGCUGCCAUUUGAUUGCCUGGAAAAGACCAGCAGGAUGCUCAGCUCAACAUACAACUCAGAAAAAGCUAUUGUGAAAACAUGGCGCCACCUUGCUGAGAGCUUUGGACUAAAGAGGGAUGAAAUAGGUGGUAUGACAGAUGGCAUGCAGCUCUUCGACCGCAUCAGCACAGCCGGCUACAGUAUCCCAGAACUUCUAACCAAACUCGUGCAAAUUGAGCGGUUAGAUGCUGUUGAAUCUUUGUGUGCAGAUAUUUUGGAGUGGGCGCAAGUGAUGCCUUCACCUGAACAAGUGGUUACAUCCUGAUGUGAGCAUCUUUUCCAAAGGAUGUGCAAGAACAUUGAUCCCAAGAGCAAUGCUUCAAGAGCACAGGGCAGAGACUUAAAAGAAUCGGUGGUUUUCUCAUACACUCCUCACAUUCACCGCAAAGAAUAAAGUGAGGCAAGAUUUGCAACUGAAUUUAUCACCCACAAAAUAAACAAGGGCAAAAAUUCUUCUGAGAAGUUCAACAUGAAAUAUGUAAUUGAACAGAAUGGCUUUUGUUAAACAGGUUUCAGAGUAACAGCCGUGUUAG